AUAAUAGGAAUAAAGACAUUUAUUCAACUUGCAACAAAAACAACGACAACUGCUGCCUUACAUCAGACAAGACAGCUUUUAUGUAUUUCUUCUGCGAUUUAUUCUGCAAAUUUCGGUUGUUUUCAUUUCCAAUUUGAUCCAAUGUCAAAUGUCAAAACCCAAACGAAAACAAGUGCGCGAGAAGUCCGUUGCAAAAGUUUAAACUUUUAAUAAAUUGGUUUCAAAUAACAAUUUACAAUGGAUAAUAAAGCCAAAAUGUGGAAUACAAUCCAAACUACGUUUCCCAUAUUGUGUGAUACGUAUUCAUUGCCAUUUAACAAAGUACCCGAAGAGAACUUAACAAAUCUUGCCAAUUCAUUCAAUUCAACUUCUCUAUUUGAAAUAAUUCAAAAUCUCGUAAUAAAUCGCAUAGAGAAACACGUACGAGAAAUAGUAGUGCCUGAAUUUUGGCAGUAUUUCAAAUUGCACCAGUCAGAAAGUGAUGGAUUCAAGAAUUUCUAUUGUGCAGUUGAACUUUUGGAUGAAUAUCACAUGCAAUUUAGAGUUCUGGCAAAUACCAUUGACGAAAUUAGGAAGAAACUUAACUUUGUAAAGCCAGUGUAUCAAAAAGAAACAGUUGUAGAAGCAUUGGUUGUAAUUUUCAAGGCAUUAUUGUUUGCUCAGAUGCCAUUGCAUUACAAACACACAGUGCAAAGUUUCUAUGAAACAGCUUUAAAAAUUAAGGAAAAUGGUCCAUGUAUGGUUGAUAAUGCCUGCACAGUAUGCUUGCAGGAUAAUUGUCUUUGUCUGCAGUCUUUUCAUGAAACAAAUGUGAAAUUACUUGCAUUGGACCUUGUUGAGCAGUUAAUUGGACAAGUAUUAACUGAUUUGAUUUAUGUCUACAUAGAAAAACACAUUGAGAAAACUUGUAAAGACACAUUUGAUGUGUCAUUUAUUUCUUCUAAUGGUAGUCAUUCAUUAACACGGUGGUUAUCGGAAGUUAUUAUUCCUUGGCUCGAAAAAAUUCCAUUUUCUGUUGAUGCACCUGUAACAGCAGCUUUAUCAAUGAAACUGCAAAACUUUCUAUUUGAAACUUAUACUUUGAUGAGAAUUUCACAAUUGUUUACAAUUAUUAUAGAAUAUCCUGAAUCACUACCAGCAUUAGAAGACAUCAGUGCAUGUUUAAAAAAGACUAAUUUACGCCCAAUUCUCACUAUGAAGUUACGAUUAUCCAUGGAAACUCGUUUAUUACAUCCUGGCGUAAGUACUCCGGACAUACUCACAGCUUACAUAGCUGCAAUUCGCUCGAUGAGAGUCUUAGACUCUUCCGGUGCUCUUCUUGAAUCUAUCACAAAACCAGUACAUCAAUACCUCCGCUCUCGUUCAGACACUAUCCGCUGCGUAGUGCUGAGUUUCAUCGAAGAAGGACCUAAUGAUCUGUCAGAAGAAUUAGUCCACGCUGAUGUACAACCAUUCGAAGAAACAACAACCGAUGAAGAAGACUUUGACAAAUGGAAAUCUUGUAUGUUAUGGACACCCGAUCCAAUUGAAGUUGAAAACACGAAACCACCAGUUGACAAUCGCCGAAAUCAAGAUAUAGUAUCAAUGCUUAUCAAUGUCUAUGGUAGUAAGGAACUUUUUAUUAGUGAAUAUCGCACGUUACUUGCUGAUCGUUUGUUGACACAGCUAACAUGCGAUACAGAAAAAGAAAUACGAUAUUUAGAAUUGAUGAAGUUGCGAUUCGGUGACACACAAUUGAAUUCCUGUGGAGUUAUGAUGAAAGAUAUAGCGGAUUCAAAGCGUAUUUCGCAUCAUAUCAAGCAAGAUGUAGAGUAUAUCGAGGUGGAUGUGCCGAUGAAUGCGAUAAUUCUAUCGAAACAAUUUUGGCCGGUGUUUAAAGAUGAAAAACUUCAGUUGCAUGAAAAGAUUACUGAACAAUUAGAGCGUUUUACGAAAGGUUUUGAGACUUUGAAAGGGAAUAGAACUUUAACGUGGAUGUCACACUUGGGCCUGGUUGAUAUUGAGAUUGAACUACCUGAUAGGCAGCUUAGUUUGUCUGUUACUCCAGUGCAUGCUACGAUUAUUAUGCAUUUUCAAGAUAAAAGUGUGUGGAAAUUGGAUGAAUUAAGUCAUACAAUGCAAGUACCAGCUACAAAUCUACGGAAAAAAAUCUCUUUCUGGCAAAGUCGCGGAUUAAUUACUGAGAUACAACCUGAUGUCUUUGAAUUGACUGAAGAGGAACCAAAUAAAGAGGCGACUAUUAAUAAUGCGUGUGAUAUUGUCGUCGAGGAGGAAGCUGAGAGUGCAAUGGCGAGUGCACAAGACCAAAGAGAGGAAGAAUUACAGACAAUGUGGUCGUACAUUAACGGAAUGUUAAUGAAUCUCGACUCGAUGCCGCUGGAACGCAUUCAUCAAAUGUUGAAAAUGUUCGCAUUUGAAGGACCGACGAUCGAGUGUAGUGUUGCUGAGUUGCGCCAACUUCUGGAUCGCAAAGUCCGGGAUCAUCAACUUGUGUAUUCCGGUGGGCUAUAUCGACUUCCCAAAUCAUAAAUCAUAAGGGGAUUUCCUACAGAGGGGGCGCCACUAUGCAUUGUCCCUUCAUAAAAACAUUUUGUUUUGUGCUCAACGCAGAAGGGUGAUAAAGAUGAGUUAUUUAUAUUUUCAAAAUUAUUUAUCACGUUUAAAAAAAAUGAAGAAGCAAACACAAUUAAUUUGUCUUAAAGUGGAAUUGCAGUCAAACUUUUUACCACAUUGCGCAGGAUCCGAUAAAAGGAUCUUAUUUUCGUUAGGAAAUGCGGAUCGGUUACGAAUCAAAGAAUGACACUGAUGAUUUUAAGAGAUUCAUUUGUCAAAUGUUUUAUCCUUUGAACAAAUAAACGAUAAAUACUA